AUGGUCGGCGUUAUAAUUGUCAUCUCUGAUGAUGACGACAGCGAUGCGGAAGGAGACGCACUCCAGUCUGUAGAUCGGAACUACAUUGCGGAGAUCGCUCUGGCAACCCUGAAUCCCGCCAACCCUAAUGUCCGGGACUCCCAGAUAGAUAUAUCAGAGGAAGAGGCAGAACCGGGAUUCUGUUACGCUCGGGACGUCCCCAAAACGAAGAGAGUUGAUCGUCGCGACUUCAGUAGAGAUAAGGCCUGGGACCGUGCCAUCAACCGAUACAGGAAUAUGGUACAUCAAGCCGGCACCAAUUCUAGCAAGCAUCAUGAUGGUGCAGCUGACAACUCGAGAUCUCUUUACUCUGUACAGCAGCCCUUGGAUCCUGCUCCCUACCGAGCCCUUGGCUUUCGUAAUGGACAAAAAGGAGACAUAUCUCAUGAGGAAUUCAACCACUCUUUGAUGAACAAAUACGAGAUACUGUAG